AUGGGGGAAGAGUUUGAUCUGAUGUUUGUUUAGACCAUCGUACCUAACUUUGCGAAGGCAAAACAUGCUCACUGAAUGAAGUAUCAGUGAGAAAAAUGAGUCCGCGUCAUAUUCUCCUAGUCCUUAGUCUUUCUGAAAUCGCAAACUCUAUUACUCGAAAUUACUAUAUCGCAGUCAAAGAAGAGACAUGGGAUUAUGCACCCAGCGGCAUAAACGUCCUUACAAACCAGGAUCUGAAACGGGAUGAGAAUGCAGCAGUAUUUCUUUCGAGGAGCAAAAACAGGAUUGGACGAUUGUACAAAAAGGCCAUCUAUAAACAGUUUACCGAUGCAACUUACUCAACUGAGGUUUCUAAACCUGACUGGCUUGGAUUUCUUGGCCCACUGCUUAGGGCAGAGGUGGAAGACUUGAUUAUUAUUCACUUCAAAAAUUUUGCAUCGCGUCCCUAUUCUUUGCAUCCUCAUGGAGUUUUCUACAAGAAAGAUUCAGAAGGUGCUUUUUAUCCUGAUCAAACAUCAGGUAAAUAUAAGGUGGAUGAUGCUGUUCCACCAGGAGGAAGUCACAUCUAUACAUGGAUAGUCAAGAAAGAGUAUGCACCUACAGAUGCUGACCCAGCUUGUUUAACUUGGAUUUACCAUUCCCAUGUAGAUGCUCCAAAGGAUAUUUCCUCAGGUUUGAUCGGAGUGCUGUUAACGUGUAAGAAAGGAAUUUUGGAUGAUGUGACACUGAAACGUAAAGAUGUUGACCAGGACUUUGUCAUGAUGUUCAGUGUUGUGGAUGAAAAUCUGAGUUGGUAUUUAGACGAUAAUAUAAAUGAGUACUGCACUCUGCCAUCUGCGGUUGACAAAGAUGAUGAAGCUUUUCAGGAAAGUAACAAAAUGCAUUCUAUCAACGGUUUUCUUUUUGGAAAUUUGCCUGGGCUGAACAUGUGCCGUGGCCAGUCUAUUUCUUGGCACUUGUUUUCAAUAGGAAAUGAAGUUGAUAUUCAUUCAGCAUACUUCCAUGGCCAGACUCUCAUUAACAAAGGUCAUAAAGUGGAUGUCAUUAGUCUUUUUCCAGCUACAUUUGUCACAGUACAAAUGAUUUCCAGGAAUGUUGGAAAAUGGCUGUUAAGCUGCCAAGUGAAUGACCAUAUUAAAGCUGGUAUGCAAGCAUUGUUUGUUGUGCAGGAAUGUGGGCACCAUUAUUCAGAAACCACACUUACUGGUAAAGAAAGAAACUACUUCAUUGCAGCUGAAAUAGACCGGUGGAAAUAUGGUCCAACAAACAAGAAUUUAUUUAAUGGUCAGCCACUAGAUGCAGAAGGAAGUGAUUCUGAGAUUUUCUUCAAGAACAGUACUGGUAAAAUAGGAGGAGAAUACUGGAAAGUUCGUUAUGUUGAAUAUACUGAUGAAACCUUUAGCACUAGAAAAAAUCGAUCACAAGUGGAAGAUCAUCUAGGAAUACUUGGUCCAGUGAUCAAAGCCGAAGUUGGAGACACCAUUUUUGUUACAUUUAUGAAUAAUGCAGACCGCGCCUACAGCAUUCAACCACAUGGUGUCUAUUUUACAAAGGAGUUUGAUGGAACAAGCUAUGUUAAUGGUUUUGAGAAAAAUGGUUCCCACGUAGAGCCUGACACAUCCUUCAUAUACAAGUGGACAGUACCUGACCAUGUUGGACCUGCAGUGAACGAUCCACCCUGCCUGACUUGGAUGUACUAUUCUGCCACCAAUCCAGUUGAGGACACCAAUUCAGGCCUAAUUGGGCCACUGGUUGUCUGCAGACAGAAUACACUAAAUCCAGAUGGCUCACAGAAAGACAUUGAACAGGAGUUUUACUUGCUGUAUACAGUUUUUGAUGAAAAUCUUAGUUGGUAUCUUCCAAAGAAUUUGGAGACAUUCAUUCAAAAUAGUUCCAGCAUCGAUCAGGAGGAUGAAGAAUUUCAAGAAUCAAAUAAAAUGCAUGCCAUCAACGGUUACAUGUUUGGUAACUUGCCUGGACUAGAAAUGUGCAAGGGUGACAAUGUUUCAUGGCAUUUGAUUGGACUUGGCACUGAAAUCGACAUGCAUGGAAUCUAUUUUCAAGGCAACACAAUAAAGUUCAAAGGGACCACACAUGAUGUAUUCAGUGUGUUCCCUCAUACUUCUGCAACAGUCUUCAUGCAGCCUGAUGAUAUUGGUACAUUUAAGGUCAUCUGCCGAACAGCUGAUCACUAUAUGGGUGGAAUGAAACACAUGUAUCAUGUUAGAAACUGCAAUAAAAGUGUCCCGGACCAGGUUUAUGAGACCAUUCGAACGUACUACAUUGCUGCAGUGGAACUUGAGUGGGACUAUUCUCCCGACAGGAACUGGGAGCUGGAAAGACACAAUGCAACCAAAGAAGAAAGUUUUGGCCAUGUGUUUGUUGGUACAGGGCAAGGUAAAAUUGGGCCCAGGUAUAAAAAAGUUGUUUAUAGGGAAUUUACAGAUGGAACAUUCACCACACAGAAAAUAAGACUGCCAGAAGAACAGCACUUGGAAAUACUUGGUCCAAUUAUUCGAGCAGAGGUUGGUGACAGUAUCGUGGUUAUAUUUAAAAAUUUAGCUUCCUUUCCUUACUCUAUCCAUCCACAUGGUGCAGAAGAGGUAAACAGUGGAAAACAUCUCAAAGUACCAGUUACUAAGCCAGGUCAAAUCAAGGUCUACAGAUGGAAUGUUCCAGAAAGAUCAGGACCUGGUAUUGGAGAUUCAAAUUGUAUCACCUGGAUUUAUUAUUCUGCAGUACGAUUUGUGAAGGAUCUAUACAGUGGUUUGGUUGGCCCACUGGUAACCUGCCGUAAAGGAGUACUCUCAGAGAAUGGCAUGAGGAAAGAUGUUGAUCGGGAAUUUGCUCUAUUGUUCAUGGUGUAUGAUGAAAAUGAAUCCUGGUACUUGGAUAACAAUAUUAUCACUUACCUCCAUGUGGACCCAACUAAAUUGAAGAAAACAGACGAAUUUGUGGAAAGCAAUAAAAUACAUGCAAUCAAUGGGAAGAUCUAUGGAAAUCUUCAUGGACUGACUAUGGUUAAAGGAGAGAAGGUUGAUUGGUAUUUGCUGGGUAUGGGAAAUGAAGUAGACAUGCACACUGUUCAUUUCCAUGCCCAGAGUUUUAUUUAUAGGAUGGAUAACGAUUACCGAGCCGACGUAUAUGAUCUUUUCCCUGGAACAUUCCAGACCAUAGAAAUGAUUGCAUCAAAUCCUGGUACUUGGCUGUUGCAUUGUCAUGUUGCUGAUCAUAUUCAUGCUGGCAUGGAAACCACUUAUACCAUCCUGAAUCAUACAGAGUAUGGAAGGACUACUUUGGAAAGUCAAUUUACAAUGGCUACAACAAAUGAUGGCUCUGAAUUAAAGAUACAUUUCCUGGGAAACACCCUCACGAAAAAAGAAAUCAAACUGAUGCUGGCAUUGCUUCUCAUUAUUGGUGUAUUUUUAUUGUUGAUUUCUUUGGUAUUUCUUUGUGUUAUUAUUUACUUACAUGGAAGGAAGUCCUUUCGGCACAUAACUCAGUCCUCAAUUCCAAUGAAUAGCAUUUAAUUUGUUCCAGGUUUGAGACUGUUUUAUGAUUAUAUUCAAGGGUUUAAAAAAAUUAUUUUCACAUAAAUUAAUGUUCUUCUAAGCCUUCUGAUGUUUGGAUUUGUCAUGAUAGAAUCCAGUAAUUAUAUUUAGAAUUGCAAAAUUGAAUAAAAUCAUGAAAUAUAAAUGUUAACUUCAAGCUAAAUCAAAUUCUAAAAUUAAAAGCAAAGAAUUAGCAUUAAGUGACUUUCUCAUUCAUCUUUUCAGAAUAGGCUGUUUUUCACACAGGCUAACUUUAAAAUUCCCAAUACUCCAGCCACCCACCAGGUGGGAAUCGUGCCCAGGAUAAGUUAAAAUCUUGAGUUGUUUAAUUGGUCUGAACUUACUGCUCCUUCUCAAGAUUCCCCUUCUCCAUAUUUCCUGUCCCUCCCAAAACUGGCAUCUGGCCUGCAACCCACCUCUUUACUCGGACCAGGAUCUGGAAACCCUGCCUCAAAUCCUGUUUCUAUCCUUCAGCCUUAAGGUCAGUCUUGUCUUUUUAGAAUUAAGAUUGAUGGGCAAUGUUAAAAUAAGCAAUUAAAAUUGACCAAUUCAUUGCUCCAUUCUCUUGUUUUGAGUUUACCAAAUACUUUGGGUCCCCUAUGAACCAAUACCAACCAAAGAAAAUUGUCCAUGUAGAAUUAUUUUUUUCCCAUUCAUUCCUUGGACGUAUGGAACUUUGGCAAUGGCAAUAAAUGUUGCCUAUACCUAAUUACACUUGAGACAGUGGUUGGGCAGCCUUUUUCAAAUACUGUAGUCCAUAAAUCAUGAGGGGUAUAGAUGAGGUUAAUUUGUAGGUUUCUUUUCUCUAGGAUGGAGGAUUUCAAAACUGGGAGCACAUUUUUAAGGUGAGAGCAGAGAGAUUUAAAAAAGACACUAGGCACAGUUUUUUUUAUACAGGGUGGUUCGAUUGUGGAUGAACGUCCUGAGGAAGUGGUGGAUGAGGGCACAAUUACAUUUAAAAGUAAUUUGGUUAAGUACAUGGAAGAGAAAGGUUUAGAGGGAUAUAGGCCAGGAGCAGGCAGGUGGGACUAGUUUAGUUUGGGAUUAUGUUCGGUACGGACUGGUUGGACCGAGGUGUCUGUUUCCAUGGGGAGUGUGUGGCUGGAUGACUAUGCAGUGCAGUGCUUAGUGCUGUUAAGGAGAGUGUUUUUGGAUCUUAACCAGGAUUAAUGUGGCACUGAUGAUUUAGUUCCAAGUGGGUUGAUGUGUGAGUUGGGUAGUGAUCUGCGUAUGGUCGUGCUUCCAUGAAUCUUACUGCUCUGAAUGUUCUAAGUGGCAGAGGCUGCAGGUUUGGAACAUACUAUUUUUAGAGUCUUGGCCAGUUAUUGCAGUGCAUCUUUCAGUUGAUACUCGCUGCUGACAUUCUGCAUUGGUGAUAGAGGGAAGAAAUGUUUAAGAUGGUGGAUGGGAUAUCACGCCACCAGGUUAUUUUGUCCUAGAUGAUAUUGAGCUUCUUGAGUGUUGUUGGAGCUGCACUCAUUCAGCCAAUUGGAGAGUAUUUACUCAAAGUUCUGAUUUGUACCUUUUGAGAUGAUGGAAAGGUCCUGUAGAGUCAGGAGGUGAGUUACUCACCACAGGAAAUAAGCCUGGCAUCCAACCUGCUCUUAUACCUACAAUAUUAAUAUGGCUACUGAGGAUCAGUUUCUCUUGAAUAGUAAAGUCCAGGAUGUUGACAGUGGGAAUUAAAUGGCUGCUAUUGUACUGGGUGCUGUAUUCUGUCUUAUCCUCCUAUGGUUUCACAGUAGACUCAAAUGUUUCUUACAGUGGACAUUUAGUUUUGUUUUAACCCCGGAAUCCUUUCAGAAAACUUGAGGAAUGAGAUCAGACUUCCAUAAAAGUAAAAAUAUAAGAGCAGGAGUAGACCAUUCAAUUCUUUGAGCUUGCACCACCAUUUGAUGAUCUUCUACCUUAACACGAUUCCUGCACUAUCCCUGUAUCCUAUGUUGUUUAAAUGUGUAGAAAUUUCUCCACCUUAGCCUUGAGCAUUCUCAAUGACUGAGCAUUCUCAGCCCAGAGAAAAUUCCAAAAAUCUAUCACCAUCCGAGUGAAGACUUUCUCCUGAUCUCAGUUCAGAAUGGCCUUCCUUUUCUUUCAAAACAGUGUUCCACUUUUCUAGAAUAUUAUCCCUUCCUCAUCACAACACUUUAGGGAAACAUCCUUCCAUGUUUACCCUGAAGAGCCCAGUAAGAAAUUUGGAUGAGAUUACCCUCACAUUCUCCUAAAAUGCAGUUUCUAAAAGCACAGACUGUUUCAUCUUUCACCAUAGUAAAAUCCUACUAUCUUAGGGAUCAGUCUGAUUAGUCCUCAUUUUACUGUCUCUAUGGCAGGUACAUCCUGAACGUACUGGACAGGCUAGAUGCAGGAAGAAUGUUCCCAGUGUUGGGGAAGUCCAGAACAAAGGGUCACAGUGUAAAAAUAAGGGGUAAGCCAUUCAAGACUGAAUUGAGGAAGAAUCUCUUCACUGAGUUGUGAACAUGUGGAAUUCUCUACCACAGGAAGUUUUUGGGACCAGUUCAUUAAAUAUAUUCAAAAGGGAGUUGGAUGUGGCUUUUGCGGCUAAAGGGAUCAAGGGGUGUGGGGAGAGGGCGGGGAUGGAAUACUGAGAUUGCAUGAUCAGCUAUGAUCAUAUUGAAUGCUGGUGCAGGCUCAGAGAACUGAAAGGCCUACUGCUGCACCUAUAUUCUAGGUUUCUAGGUUUCAAUUAUGGCAUUAGACCUGGAUCAUUUUAACUUCUGUGCUAUACCUGAAAAGUUCUGAUCUAUUCUGGCCUAAAAUUCCACUGGAAGAUGAAAUUGCCGGAGGCCAAGAAACAUGAUUCAUUUGGGCAGACAAAGGAACUGUCCUCAAGGGAAAUCAUGCAGUAGGUGGUGUGUGUGUUGAUUGUAAGUUGGAGGACUAUGAAAGGAGCCCCCUUGUCAAUGCUGUUUUAUAUCUAAUGUAAACAGAUGAUUGCAUGUUGCUAAUCUCACCACGUUAAAAAUAAAUCAGAAUUCAAAAGACAGUUAAAACUAAAUAACAGGAGGACCUAAUAUAAGGUUUUCUUGUAGUUAUGUAUAACAAUUAUGUUUAAAAAAUGCUACGUUUAGAAAUAAACAUUUCUGGAUGCGU